GACACCAUCCUUGAGGGGGAAACCCGACAGCCAAUCAGGCGGCGGUGCCUCCCUCUAAAGUGUCCGGCUCGCCGGUGUGCCUCGUGAGCGGCAGUCAUGGCGUGUCCUGCGUGGGGGAGCCACGUGUGGGUGGGCUCCGAGACGGGCCUCCUGAAAGGAAUCAAUUUGCAGAAGAAGCAGGCCACAAACUAUAAGUUGGGUGAUGCGUCCGUCAGUCGCCAGGAAGCUGUCACUGCCAUGUGUUGGGGGGAUCCCUUUGAGUCUGAGAUCUUUGUGGGAUGCCUGGACGGAUCUGUUAGACUCUUCAGUACAGAGAAGGGCAAAUUUAUUAAGUCUCAAGACUGCCUCGGGGGCGAGGGACCCUUCCGUGGUUUGUGUGUGCUUGACAGCUCCCUUGUCACCUGCGUAGAAUCCGGAUUGCUGAAGGUCUGGAGAGACGUCUCCUCUGAAAAUGUCGAGGUCCAGGUCGGCCCCGGCGUGUGCCGCAUGCGCCAGAACCCGGAAAUGCCUCACCAGGUGGCCACAGGUGGGAAGGAGAACUGCCUCAAGGUGUGGGACCUGUGCCAGCCGCAGGAGCCCAUCUUCCGAGCCAAAAACGUACGGCACGAUUGGCUCGAUCUCAGAGUCCGAGUCUGGGAACGGGAUAUGCAGUUCCUUCCAGGAUCACGGAAAAUUGUGACCUGCACCGGUCACCACCAGGUCCGGCUCUACGAUCCCGGCUGCCCUCAGCGCCGGCCUGUGAUGGAGAUCACCUUUGGCGAGUAUCCACUCACCGCACUCUCAUUGACUCCUGAUGCAAAUUCUGUUGUGGUUGGCAGUUCACACGGGGAUGUGGCAGUCUUUGACCUUCGGCAAGGACGGUUACUGAAUUGCCUAAAGGGAUUUGCUGGGAGCAUCAGUGGCAUCCAGUGCCACCCUGCGCUGCCUUUGGUGGCCUCUUGCGGGCUGGACCGCUUCCUUCGCGUGCACCACCUCCGCCACAAGCGCUUGGAGCAUAAGGUUUAUCUGAAAUCCCGACUCAGCUGCCUGCUGCUGAACAGCCGCGAGAAAUGGGAGGACGAAGCCCUUGACCCUUCGGCUGAGUUGGAAGAAGAAGUCAAAGAGGAGGAGGACGAAACCGACGAAAUCUGGAACGCCAUGAAAGUCGUGGUCACCAAACGGAAAGCGGACUCAGGAGCCCCUUCCGAGAAGAAAGAGGGCGAAGCGCGGCAAAAAAUCCAGGCCCCAAAGAAGAAGAAGAAGCAGCAGCAGCACAUCUAAAUAGCUGACAGAUGGAGACGGAUGCAAAGCUGCAGGGAGUUCGGAGAAAAAAGAAAAAGUAUAGCAUCAAGAGCAAGCAUUCAGGUGGGAAAAAGGAAUCACUGGCGUCGGAGAGCCUCAAGCAGCCGUCAGACAACACCAAAAUCACGGUGAUUUGGAGGCGCUACUCGGCUUUCGGCCGGCGGGAAUCCAUGAAGAGCACCAAGAGCGAACUGGAAGAGGAGGAAGCCGGCCCGAGCCAGAGACUCACGAGAGAAGACCCCCAAGCGGAGCCCCCCAGCCCUUGAGCCAUGGGAAAGCCGGACAGGGAAGCACAGAGGGGGCUCCGGCAAGCGGGCCCCACAAUAUGGACAGUCUUUCAGAUAAGGGGAAUAAACUUUUAACUAUCA